CGGGCAAGCGCGGCGCUAGUAAUCGAACACGUUAAAAAAAAUUUUAAAUUUUGUCCCUGCAAAAUUUCCUUUCGCCAAUGAAUGCUGCAUCUAAAUCAUAAUGCAAGCCUUGAAGCCUCAAUGCUUGUUACAUAGACUAUGUAGAUUCAAAGACCGACGCCUGUUGAGCAUGACAUCGGCUGUAUUCAUUGAUUUGAAGUCUGAAGUUCAGCUGAAAAAGUCAACAAAAAUUCAGCUCCAGGAUGUCAAAGACAAAAAGAAGCAUUUCCCAAUCCUUGACCUCCCAGUAAACACUUUUUCUGCUGAUUUCAAAAACCAUUCAGAACGAUUCAAAGCCAUUGAAGAAAAACAUGUAAAAACGCUCAAAACUAUCCAAAAGGGAGGCGACGAGAAAUCUAGAGAGAGACACACUGUUAGAAAUAAGAAAAUACUGGUCAACGACAGAAUUAAAUUAUUAUUUGAUGAUGAUAGCGAAAUCCUUGAAAUUGCUCCAUUUGCUGGGUAUGCUAUGCCAUAUGGUACUGUGCCAAGAGCUGGAGUUCUUGCUGCAAUUGGCAAGGUGAAUGGUCAUUACUGUAUUGUCCUUGCUAACGAUGCCACAGUAAAAGGUGGGACUGUCUUCCCCAUCACAGUGAAGAAACAAUUGCGAGGACAGGAGAUCUCUGAACAGAAUAGGCUGCCAUGUGUUUAUCUAGUGGACAGUGGUGGUGCCUUCCUCCCGUUGCAGUCCGAGAUCUUCCCCGAUAAGGAACAAGGUGGUCGAGUGUUUUACAAUGAAGCGGUGCUUUCUGCAGACGGAAUACCCCAGGUAGCAGUCGUUUGUGGCAGUUGCACUGCUGGCGCAGCAUACAUUCCAACCAUGGCAGAUGAGGCAGUCAUUGUCGACAAAAUUGGCACCAUCUUCCUAGGGGGACCUCCAUUAGUCAAGGCAGCUACUGGAGAGAUAGUUACGCCAGAUGAACUUGGGGGCGCCACAUUACACUCUAGUGUGAGUGGUUGUACUGAUCAUUUUGCUGCCACAGAAGAGGAAGCAUUCACCAUAACCAGGGACAUCAUAGCAAGUUUAAAUCUACCAGAGUAUGAACCAAAUACCUCGUAUGAUGAGCCGUUGUUCAGCCCGGAAGAAUUGAGUGGCUUGAUACCAGAGAAAAAUAUGCAUGAGAUAGAUAUGUAUAAGAUUAUUGCCAGACUGGUUGAUGGAAGUCGUUUCCAAGAGUUCAAAAAGAAAUACGGCUCAAAUCUGGUGACAGGAUUUGGUUAUCUGCAAGGCCAUCUUGUUGGUCUAAUUGGAAACAACGGUCGUCUGACAGACUCUGCUGCUGCUAAAGGUGCUCAUUUUGUUGGUGUUUGCUGUGAGCGGAACGUUCCUAUUAUUUUUCUUCAAAACACCCACCCGGCUGAUGCAACAAAUGUGGAUUUAGAUCCAGAGAUUAGUGGAAACUUCCUCCGGGACUAUAGUAAAAUGCUUGCCAGUGUGGCUUGUGCCAGUGUCCCUAAACUUACUGUGAUUCUGGGAGGCAGCUAUGGCUCGAUGAACUACUUAAUGUGUGGUCGAUCACAAAGUCCAAGAUUUCUGUUCACGUGGCCAAAUGUUGAGAUGUCGAUGCUAGAUGUGGACCUGAUGGUUCAGUUGGCUAUGAAAGAGAAGUUUCCAAAUGAUCAGGACUCGGACGAUGCCAUCCAAAACAAGACUAAACUAUUAGAGAGAUUUUUGCAAGAGACAGGUGCUUUUUACUCCAGCUCCAGGUUACAUGAUGAUGGUAUUAUUCUACCCAAGGACACUAGAAAGGUGCUCGGACAGUGCCUUGAUAUUGUGUCUUGUUACAGUGCCAAGGUGUCCACCAAAUACCCAGUGCUCCGGAUGUAAGAUGCCCUCAUAUUGUUUCCCAAGGCAGCCACCGAUACUCAGGAUGACAGAUAUCACAGUCAUGACAUUUCCAGUGCAGGGGAGCUUCUCGAUUUUUCCUUCUGGAAAUUCUUAUUUACCACAGUAUGAACGUUAUCAGAAAGGUCUAAAAAUGUGAAUGAGUCAAUUUCGAUUUUAUUGACAAAUUGAGGAAUCAGUUCCAAAGCAUUAAUUUUUGGUCACCUCCCAGAUACCUCAAAUACUGAGCUGUAAACCUAGUUUUUGACUCACUCAUAACCACAGUUUUUCUUGCACUUGUACAUGUAUGGAGAAGAGAUUAGUGAAAAACUGUGUUGUGAACAUACAUCCUUGACAUUUUGCAAUGAAUGGCUUUUAAAAUUUAUUGUAACAAUUAUUGAAUUUCAAAUGUACAGAAUAUAAAGUUGAUUUAAUGA